AUGGAAGACAUCUCGAGAGCUGCCCUUCCAGCAGAGAUUGUAUCCUCCAUCCUCGACCACGUUGGCCCCGUUGAUCUGAUCCGAGCAGCACGAUCCUGCAAGCUCAUGCAUGAGAUGGCUUAUGACGACACACGAUGGGUACACAAAUUAAAACGAAUUGGGUGCUGGGACGAAGCGGACGCGAGAAAGCAUGCUGAGUUGAUGUUUGGAACUGUGGCCAAUAUGGAGGCGGUCGAGCAACAAGAGGAGGCUGAGACGGGCGAUGGAACAGUACCUGCGGUCACCGUGAACGACGAGACCUCGAAUGGAUUGAAAGAGUUAUCUGAUGGAUUCGACAAAAUUGAAUUAUUGGGCACGGUAUCGCAACCUGAUACCAUUCAAGAUAUCGUGGACGACCCUGUCCUGGUUAUUUUGAAACAGGCCAGGUCAAUUCGCGGCGAGGCGCGUCAGGAGUAUGGCAAGAUACAUGCGGCAUUAAUGCCAUUUUACGAAGACAUCGCGCGCUCUGGACCAUCACUGGAAAACCUUGUGUUCACGAAAUACAAGCAUCCACAGGCUCAAGCACAGUUACUGGCUCAGUUGCUGGCAUUUUCUAAAUCUGACAUGACACCAGGGUGGGAUGAGCGAGUGGAUCGCUUAGAGCGCACCGUUUCGAUGUUUGAGACAGCAGCGUUGAAAGAGUUCCGUCAAGGCUACGAAACAGACGACAUCGACGGGACCAUGCGCAGAUACGGCCAUAUUUUGUGGACACUCAAUGGCGGACAAGCUGCCGUGGACCUCUUUAUCCAUCACAAUCACCUGGUGACUCGCAAGUCCGAGCUAGGAAGCGUUGCGGCCUGUAUUGAUGGAUCGACAGGCCAGCUCAAGAUGGAGCAGACACAGGCCUUUUUCACACGCCUCAGUGUCGCCUUUAAUGAUGAGAUCUCUAUUAUGAACCGCGUUUUCCCCUCAGCCUUGGACGUUACAUCAAGCUUCAUGUCAAAAGUCGGCCAGGAUGUGCUGUACCCUUUCCUCACCGCGAUUUUCGACGAGCUGCACCGCGUCAGCACCGAGUCGUAUCUCACCGCAAUCUCGGGAACAUUCGUUCAAUGCAUGAAUCUCUCGGAGGCUUUGCUGCCCGUACGAAGCUCCGAUGCCAAGUACGAUGAAUAUCUGGAUAAUGUUGUGAUCAAGAUUUAUGAGCCACACAUUGAUCUAUAUCUGGCAGAAGAGCUUGACUUCUUCAAGAAGGCCUGUGAAACUACAGUGAGUGAGUGGGACCGCCACCUCUCCGAACAAGCGGCCUCGACAGAGUCCUUCUUGAUGUCAAAUGUCAACCGCCAAGCCGACAAACGCGACUUCCUCACUUCCUUCAAGAAAGUGAUCAUGAUGCCGGUAAACAUUUUACCAAGCUUUUCCAGUGCCAAAUCAAACGGAGAGGCCAAAGUUGAGACGGAAGCCGACAGUGGUAACCCGUUUCACCCACCCAAGAGCCCCAAUAGAUUCUCGACAAUAGCACCAGCCCCAGUGCCAGUCGAAGAAGUCCCAACGACAGAGCUGGCAGCAAAAGCGGCUAUCAUGAAGUCCAAGAUGGAGGGCAUCCGCUCACUGUUUAGUAUCGAAAUUGCACUUGGUCUAGUCCAUUCCGCCAAGUCCAGCUUGGAAAGAGCUGCUCAAUUUGUCCGACUCGGGGGCGAAUUCGGGCUUGCUGCGAAGCGACAAUGCGAGGCAAUUUUCGUGACCUUGCUGCGAAUAUUGGGACACCAGCAUGUCAUCGUCGGAUUCGACAAGGCCGUUAGCCAUCUAUCGGAUUACCGACCUCGCGAACAAGGAGAACGUGACCAAUCUGGGGUUGAGCCCCUGGUCACUUUCCUCGAACUAGUCAAUGUCGGCGAUCUGAUUCUGCAGAUGAUGGAUGUGUUCUACGAGCAGGAGUUGAUCGGCAUGAGAUUGACUGAUAGGAAUGAUUUCUUGGAUCCUGCCAAUAAAGAGAAGAAAAAGUUCGAACAGAUGCUCGAUGAACGUGUCGCUGCCGGACUGAACAAGGGCAUCGAUGUCCUCAUGGAAGAGGUGGACUACAUCCUUGCAACCCGACAACUAGCCACCGACUUCAACCCUGGUGUCUCCUCGGAUCCUCACCGACAUACCAUGGACGUAGGUGUCAGCGAAGUGGCCAUCGCUGUCGUCGACGUGGUUUCAUCACACACCCAGAUGCUAGUCGGCAGCACCGACAAGAGUACACUAGAUGUCUUCAACCAAGAAGUUGGACUGCGCCUCUUCACGGCUUUAUGUAAACACCUCAAGCGUCAACGUGUCAGCGUGGAGGGAUCUCUCAAGCUGAUCAGCGAUAUGAAUCACUACUUCAAGUAUAUCCAGACACUGCGGAACAACGAGCUCCUCCUUUACUUUACGGCGUUCCGCGAGCUUGUGCAGAUAUACCUGAUCGAUCCUAGCCACGCCAAGGAGCUGGCGAAUGUCAUCGCCGAUGCGGAUCGGUUCCAUGGGAUCUGGCGUGUGGAGGAGGUCAUUGAAUUCGCGGAACGUCGGGCUGAUUGGUACCAGGUCAGGCGAGAUGUGGAACGAGCUAUGUAUGGCAUUGGCUGCAAUGUGAUGUAA